AUGUCAAACUCUUCAUCUUUAAAAGUAUUAUCAACUUCAGCUGGUGUUGAUUUAAAUAAUAUUUCCAAUUGGUUGCAUCUGGUACAUAAGUAUAAUGAGAGUUCAUCUAUAUUAUGGACACACUUUAGUGGAUCAGCAGGCAUUAAAAAGGAUUUUGUACUUGUAAGCGAUUUUGACAUUGAAAAAUCAGUUCAUAAUAAUUUGGGAAAAGUUGGAGCUGUGUUAGUUGCAUUCAUGGACGAAGUUGAGUCAAGUCAAUCUUUAAAUAUAAUAAACCAAUAUUUUGAUGAUUUAAUAAUAUUGAAGGAUCAAGAUGUUUUGAAAGAUGAAAAUUGCUGGAAUAAAGUAUUGGCAUGUAUUCCUAACAUGGAAAUAAGAAAUACUUUAAAUGAACAUUAG